UUGUGAGCCUGACUGGGAUACUUCCUCUUCUGCUAUUAUAUUUACACAUAGGGUAUUCGUUUGCAAGUCUUGGAGCAAUUCCGACAGGUCUUUUUGGAUUCCCCGCAGGUCUUGGAAGAUUUCUGGCAGAUCCGUUCGUCGUAGGAAUUGCGGAAGAAACAGGGAAUCGACGCCACAGAAUCUUAGAAGAUUUAUUCCCUCGGCCACUCAAAAAAUGGAGGGAGCCGUCGAACUGGGAUGCAGAGCUUGAACAGUCUAUUUUAUCAGACAUUCGCGAGCUGAAUCCUCAGAGGAAACCGAAUUUAUUGAUUCUAGGGCCGGUAGGAGCAGGAAAGUCGAGUUUUAUCAAUUCAAUUUUAAGUAUUGGUAAAGGAAGAAAAUGUGCAUCGGCAUCAACAGGGGAAUCAAGUUCCAGCUGGACUCUAGAACUUGACAGGUUCACUGAGCGAAGUUUACUGAGAAAGUUCCGAUUAUUAGACUGCAUGGGGAUUGAGCCCACUGAUGGACACGGAUUUCAUCCGGAAGAUAUCAUUUUCUUGCUAAAAGGACAUGUCAAAAAAGGAUAUAAAUUUAAUCCUGCUGGCCCAAUUUCGGAGUCCAGUGCCCACUUCAGACGCAAUCCGGAGUUCGAAAACCAGACUCAUUGUGUAAUUUUCGUGAUGGAUGCAAAAACGAUCUAUUAUGGUAUACCACCGGCAUAUGUACAGAAAAUCAGCUAUCUGCAGGACAAGAUAAAGCGAGAACAUAUUCCUAUGGUUCUGAUCCUUACAAAAGCCGACCAACUCUGUAACGAAGUAGAAAGAGAUAUUACAAAGAUGUUUUGGAGCGGCAAGGUACAGGAAGCGGUCAAAACUGCAAGUGAAGUCUUUAGCAUUGACCAGGAAUCGAUACAUCCGGUCAAAAAUUAUGAAGUUGAUUUCAACAUAGAAACUAAGACGAACAUCCCACUUCUAAUUGCGCUGAGGCAGAUAAUGCAAUAUGCUGCAAACAGAGUGGAACGUGUGUAAGAUGAUGACGAUAGUUACUGACGCCGAGUUUAUAACAAUCAUACUACGACAUUUAUGUUAUCAUAGAAUUCCUUUACAUUAUAGAGCUUUUCUGGGUCAAAAAAACUCGGUUAACAUUAACAUACGUUUUAUAAUCAUUAAGUAGCACGCACCAGUAUGUAUGUCUGCAUUUCUUAUCUAUUAUAAUAUCUACUCAGACAAUAUAAGUGCUGUGUAACACCUCAAAAUGGUAGCAACGCAUUUUGAUAGUUACUACCAAAAUUCGGCCGAGUUUUGGUAGCGACAAAUGCGUUGCAAAGGUACAUAUGAUGUGUUAAGGAUCAUGGAAUGGAACGUAUUUUGGUAGCUUUUUCUACAUCAGGGACUGUGCUAAUUUUUACAUUACGCAAAAAAAGAGAAACAGAUAAAAGGAGGGAAUGUCUUCUCUUACAAUGGUGGGGGGAGAGGGUUUAGAGUUCCACUCCCGAGAUAGUGUUUUCGUAUAAAAACAACCAAAAUGUAGAUUCCUGAGCGUUUAAAAAGGGCCUCAAACGACGCUUCCUAUGCAAUAACAUUGUAUUGUAUUUUUCGGAAGGAUAGUCUACCGAGAUUUUUUAAAGCGCGAAAAUGUUGGUUUCUGUAAAACAAAGGAUGAUUGUGAAGAUGGCACGUGGGUCCUUCACCUAGAUAUUUUUAAAACAUCCCAAAAUAAACAUAGAUGGUGAAUUUUGUGUGUGUUUUAGUUGUCAUAGAUAAAUAUUUCCGGCUAAAAAGAUUUUUGUCUCUUUAAAGGUGAUGUGUUUCGACAGUCCACCACAAAUAUCUUUGAAACACAAGUAAAAGAAUCAUGGGUUUACUCGAAUAAUUUUCCAAAAACUAAAUUCUUCGUCGUUACAUUUACAUUUUUAUUUUGGUGUAUACAUGUGAGUGGUGUACUGGGGUCAUCCCCCGACAACGCAUGGAAAGGUGGAUUCUGGUGUUUAGGUGGGUAAGAAAUAUAUCAUUUACUCAGAAAUGAAGCUCCCUCCGCAAUAAGGUAUACAAUGUCAUGCAUCUUAUUAUUUAUCUACAUAUAUAAUGCGAAUGAUUUUCUCUAAAUAUUUAUCGCGGAUUUUGGCUUUUUUCUUCAUUUGUUUACGACGCGUAUUAUGAGAACUCCUGCGGGGGCGGGGUCUGCGGGGUUUGGGGCGGCUCCAAAACUUGUUCGCUAUCUAAUGUGAGCAGUUCUUAUCCAAUGUUCAUUCACCAAACUUGGUCGAAAUAUUGACAUCUCGGGCAGGUUCGAUAAUCAGACGGAAUGUCCCAGUAUUCUGGAAUUACGCCCCUUUAAUUGCUCAAAACUGCAAGUAUUGACAGCGUCAGCUCUUCAUCUUCAGCAGUUCUUAUCCAAUAUCCAUCAAACUUUGUCAAUAUGCUGAUUUGCAUGAUAUCUCGGCCAAGAUCGAUAACCAGUCAGAUCCUCUCAGUAGCUCUUGAGUUAUGCCUCUCGAAUAAUAACUCAAAAUUGCGAAUGUUGACAGUAUUCGCUCUCUUGCUUGAGAUGGUUUUUUUUGUUCAAUGUUCACCAAACCUGGUAAAACUAUCUAUGGGCAUAAUUUCUCGCGCAAGUGUGAUGACCAGCAGCAAAAGAUACUUCUGUUUAGCUUUUGAAUGGUUUAAAUGUAAAUUUAUGAUUCUUCCUGCAUUACGGGCGUAUUUUGUGACGGUUUCGCACUCUUGUUUGAUUCUGUGAAAAUUGAAAAGUCUGUUUUACUGAGUAAAUUGUGGUGAACAGUUGUGCCAACAUCCUUCAAUAUCUCUCAAUAUAUGUUAGAGUUGCAUUGUGUUUCAAUGAUGAUGUUUGACUGAAUCUAGUGCCGUAAAAUUUUCAAGGUCAAAAGGCCAAGGUCAUAUGAGCGGCUAAGUUCAAUCAUGACUCUCUUUGAAAUAAUAUUGUACAUUCGUCACAAAAAAUUCUUUAUGUAAAUCAUAAGAUUAUUAUUAAUACCGUUUUGCGCUUGAUGUGUCCAUAUCCAACGUAUUUUCGUAAUAUAUUUUUUGUAUUUAAAAGUACCAAAUUGCGUUCAGUGUAACGCAUUUUAGUUUUGACUACCAAAACUCGGCCGAAUUUUGGUAGUUACCAAAAUGCGUUGCUACCAUUUUGAGGUGCAACAGUGCUGAAUUACGAUAUUAGGUUGUUAUACGGUAACAUGAUAAUAACGUAUUUUAAGAAUACUGCUAAAAAGACAUUUGAUUUAGUAAAACGAAAUUUUGACAGCUGAAAUUGAAUCUGAUGAUAGAAUAACGAAAAUAUAAUUCAUAUAUAAUACAUUUGAUUCGAUACGCUACAUCCAAGAUUUCUGAAUGUAUUGAUCUUCUACAACAGAUAGAUACAAGAUCAAAACGAGAGUUUUUACAUGGAACUACUGCGCUGCUGUAGUAACUACUAAUAGAAUUUCAUUCCUUCUGACUCCUGAUAAUUAAGCAAUAAACCAAUUAUUAAUAGGCAGCUUCUAUUUCUAUCAUCCAUGAAAAUUGUAUAGAUCUGAAACAGGGCGCACACAUAUGUGUUUUCUACAUACAGGCGUACUUUGUCUGUCUCUCUGUUAGCUUCCAUGUACAUACUAGUAGGAAAAGGACUGCUGGUUAACAAAGUAAACAUGCAAAGAUAUCAUUUCAUAAGUUUCGUUAAGACCUAAAAAUUCAUUAUCCUCUGCAGGAAAUGGAUAGGUCGCCCAUUCUACGAAAUAGAAAGAUAAUAUGAAGCAGGAGGUCGUAUUUUCUUCUCCUGAUCGUGUUGUAUAUUAUCCGUGUUGAUUGGCUGAUCAUGUUUAGUUCUUGAAUUAUCAUAAAUCUGAAUCUGUGACUGCAACCAUCCUCCACUAAAUUUGUUUACAAACAAUUCUACAACAUUCUUGUUUUAUCUAUUUCUAUUUUAGCAGCAUUUUGUAUAUUUUCAUACCUGUGUUAAUAAUGAGAGGAACCCUAUAACGCUUUUUAUAUACUAUGUAUUGCCACCAGCAAUGCCUCCUUCGUUCAAUUUAAGGCAGUGGACACUCGGUAUUUUCCAUGUGAUUGCACAGUCUUCCUAGACUAUUCAAUAUUCUUCUGAGUCCGAUGUAAAUAUAGUUCACCACUCACGCGGGUUUCCUUAAAAGUCGGAGAAUUAUGAAAUCGCAUACGAAUUUUGUGUAAUUCAUCAAUUAUCCGCACCUAGACGUGUCGGAAAUCUGUUUGUCGCAUUGAACUACGAAGCGGUCAGAAUUGCUGUCAUGGGCGUUUGGAAUCCAGCUAAGGAAUUCUUUGAAAUUCGAAAUUAUAUAUGGUUGUCUUUGUGCUAGAUCCUGUGCAUUUCUUUAAAAAUCUAGAGGCUGGACUAUUGGAAAUUUAAUUGGAAGAUGAGCCAUUACAUAUAAGAUGGACAUCGUAGUAAACAU